AUGACAACAUGUUUUACACCCUUUGAGAUGGUGUAUGGGAAAUUAGCUAUGAUGUCUGUGAAAUUUGAGCAUAAAACACUUAGAAUAGCCAUAGACUUGGAUAUAAAUAUUUUUGCAGCUCAACAGGAUAGGAUCCUGCAGCUUAAUGCCUUAGAUGAAAUCAGGAAGUCUGCCCUGCAGCACGCAGAAACAAUUCAGAAUCAACACAUGAAAUGGCAUAAUAAAUAUAUCAAAGAUAAAGCAUUCAAACUAGGCAAUUGGGCCCUUCUGUAUGGCUCCAGGUAUAUGGAUAAUUUGGGAAAACUACAAACGCAUUGGUUAAGGCCUUAUGAAGUGAUUGAAACAUUUCCAAACGAUGCAGUACAACUGGCCAAUAUUGAUCCUAUAAAAUUCAAAUUGUUGGUAAAUGGUCAUUGCUUAUGCCUCUAUCAUAAGCCUCUUUCCAAAGAGGAAUUUCUGCAGCAAUUCACUAUUUUGGAAGGUUUUGGGAUUCCUGCAACAAAAGAAGGUGGCCUUGUCAUCCCACCUUCUUCCUAA